GACUGUUCCUGCAACUAUAACAUUGUGCAGUCUCUCACAGCAGCAGAGGGCAGCUCUACUGGGGAAGACUGUGUCCCUGCAGGAAAAGCUGCAUGUCCAGCUCCACUGGCCUUGAGGAGCUGACUUCAUCUCUUGUACCUUUCAUUUCUUGCUCUAUACUAUGUGGAAAAGCAUGUCUCCUCUCUGAAAUUCACUGGCCCCAUCUGUAAAGUAGGUCCACAUGAGUCCUGUAGCCACCAUAGACCCAAGCUCUGGGGAGACCCCCUCAGAGAAUGACCCCAUAGCUGACCCUCUCUGCCUGCUUCCCUACAGGUACCUGACCCAAGAUGCUAAAGGUCUCCAUCCUCUUCAUUCUCCUCUGUGGGCUGCUUGCUUCAUCCUCUGCUCAAGAGGUCCUCUCCAGAGUUUCUUCCCACAUCACUGAUGCUUUGACACAAGGACUCCUUGGUAUGAACUUUCUUCCCACCCUGCAGACAAUUGACUUCCAGGGGCCAUUGAAGGAUAUCUUCAGCCUUGUCCUGGGCCACCAGCUCACCAAUGGGGAAGCCAAUUUUAUGGUACAGAUGAAAGACCUUCGACUUUUUCAGGUCUUCAUUGAGACCUCCCCUGACUUCAAGGGUAUUGAUUUACGGAUGCCAUUGGCGUUUUCUAUACAAAUAAAGUUUCCGGCUCUUAAUCCCUACAUAUUCCAUGUACGGACAGAUAUGAAAGUCCAACUUUACUUGGAGAAGGAUGUAGACAACAGAUACCAACUCACCUUUGGGCAUUGCAGGAUUGUUCCUGAGACUGUAUGGAUCCAAUCCGGAAAUUUCAUCACCCCAAUGAAAAACUUUAUUGUGGAAAACAUAGAGAGAGCCCUGGGAAACGUGAUAAUCCAUAAUUUUGGAGCAAAAAUGUGUCCCUUCAUUAAUUCAUGGCUUUAUAACCUGAAUCCGCAAGUGACUAACCAACUGAUUAGUCUGCUGCUGCAGCACGGCACGUACCAAGCCACAGUCGAAAUAUCCGCAAAGUAAAGGAGCCAUGUUUGCACCAAUCUGGUGAGAGAUCAGAGCAUAUUUCCAUUCCUUAGUGAUGACACUUGGCCUUUAGGGUC